AUGUUUCGCUCUCGGUUGUCCAGCGUUUUACUAUCAAAUGUCCGUGCCAAACUGUCAAACGUUUCCAACCUCCACGUCAGUAUAUUUAAAAAAUUCCGGGCCAAAGACUGCGAGCCCAAACCUGUCGCAGUGGUCGCAGAGAUUGUCGCCUUGGUAUCAGCAUCCGGCUCUAAUGAGAUAAGCCCCAACGGUCGUGAACAAUUAACGGCUGCGCCAACGAUUGAGAAGGAAUUGAAACACCCGAGUAAUCGUCUUCUUCUGGUCCCGCAGGUUCUGUGCGGCUGUGGGUCUCUCGAUGGAUCAGAAGUAACAGAGGCGGUUUCCCUGGCCAUAAAUUUGAACCUCAACGGUUUCAAGCCGGAAUUUUUCGCGCCCAAUACGGAGAUCUGCGGGGUGAUGGACCACCUCUGCAAGCAGCCUGACAGUAGCGGCGUGGCUCGAAAUGCGUUGGUCGAGGCUGCGAGGAUCGCGAGGUCAGAGGUCCGUCCGCUCUGCGAGUGCGACUGCAAUUCUGGAAUCGCCUUAAUCCUGCCUGGAGGUUUCGGCUGCGCCAAGACCCUGAGUGACUUCGCCACGAAAGGAGCAGAGUGCACGGUUCUGCCAGACCUUGAAAGGGUCAUCACAGAGUUCGCUCUCUCCAAGAAACCGAUCGGAGCAAUUUGCAUCGCCCCAGUGCUCGUAGCGAAAGUACUUUGCGGAACGAAGAUCACGCUCGGUAAAAGUAGCCCACCAGAGAAGUGGCCUCACUGUGCGGCGAUCGCUGAAGUAAAGAAGAUGGGCGCUAAGCAUGAGGAACGGAGUGUCACUCAGGUGACUCACUGCAAACAGCACAACGUGUUCAGCACACCUGCCUGGAUGUACAACGGGACCUUCGCCGAGGUACAUGAUGGGAUUGGGCGGCUGGUAAAAGCUCUCAAAAAGAAGUUGAAGUAGAGCUGGAUUGAGAAUUCGUCAAUUUUUGCCGUUCUCGUUAGUCCAUCGAAUGCCUCCAUGGUGCCUGCUAAAAAUUGUGCAUGUCAUGAAUAUAUAUUUGCUUUAUUGUACAGUAAUGUUCAUUAAUGCUUUGGGCUUCCGGCUAACUUGUUUUCCGUCCGAAAUGAAACGCCAGCUCGAAUUCUGUACGAAUUAUGUGACAAUGACCGGCGAUACAACCGACGUGAGAGAUUCCGAGUCACUGUCACAUAAUUCGUAUGGAUUCGAGCUCGCAUUUUGUUUCGGACCGAAAACAAGUUAGCCGGAAGCCUAAAACAUUCGUAAACAUACGCUACUAGGAGAAGGAAGUAAGGACUGAUGUUGGGUUGGCUCGUCGAUUUAUAAAAUAUAUAGAUAAGAGUUUAUUAGCUUAUUCGUCCU